UCGGAGACGUCAGCGACGCCGCUGAUGGUGGCCGCCGGCCGGGGCAACCUGAACGCCGUGGAGCAGCUGCUCAGUCUGGGUGCCAGCACGUCCAUCCACGCCAGUAACGGGUGGACGGCGCGCGACUGGGCGCAGCGCACUCAGCAGACCGAGGCCGUCGAGCUCAUCGACGCCUACGGGCCGUCCCCCGCGGCCGCCCAGGAGGCGGUGGACGCGCAGCUGUCGGAGGAGGACCGCCAGCUACUGCAGUGCUACCAGCUCAGCCACGACGACGAGCGGGUGGACGUGGACCUGGUGGUGGCGCUGCUCAAACACGUCCUCACCGGAGAGCAGCCCGGCAGCGUGCUGGUGUUCCUGCCCGGCUACGACGACCUGGUCAAGGUGCGCGAGGUGCUGUCCGAGUCGCGCUGGUUCACCGAGCCUCCCGGGCAACACGCGCUGUUCGUCCUCCACUCGAACAUGCAGAGCGGCGACCAGCGGCGCGUGUUCCGGCCCGUGCCGGCCGGCACCCGCAAGGUGGUGCUGUCGACCAACAUCGCCGAGACGAGCGUCACCAUCCAGGACAUCGUGUUUGUCAUCGAUACCGGCAAGGUCAAGGAGAAGUCGUUCGACUCCAUCACGGGCGUGUCUCAGCUGCGGCCCACCUGGGUGAGCCGGGCCUCUGCGCUGCAGCGGCGUGGCCGCGCCGGCCGCUGCCAGCCGGGCGUCUGCUACCAUCUGUUCAGUCGCAGCCGGUUCCAGGCGCUGCAGCCCUACCAGACCCCGGAGAUCCUGCGCACGCCGCUGCAGGAGCUCUGCCUGCACAGCAAGAUGCUGUCGCCGCCCAACACACCCAUCGCCGACUUCCUGGCCAAGACGCCCGACCCGCCGCCGUUCAUGGUGACGCGCGCCGCCGUCCAGCUGCUGAAGACGAUCGACGCGCUGGACCCGUGGGAGGACGUCACCGAGCUGGGCCACCACCUGCUGGACCUGCCGGUCGAGCCGCGACUCGGCAAGGCCGUCCUCUACUCGAUCGUGCUCAAGUGUCUGGACCCGGUGCUGACGAUCGUCUGCUGCCUGGCGCACCGGGACCCGUUCGUGCUGCCCGCCAUACCGGCGCAGAAGCGCGCGGCCGCCGCCGCACGUAAAAAGCUGGCAGCCAACACGUACAGCGACCACAUGACGCUACUGAGGGCCUUCCAGGCGUGGCAGAAGGCCCGUAACGAGGGCUGGGAGCGCUCGUUUUGCGAGAAGAACUUUGUCAGCAGCGCCACGAUGGAGACGGUGGUGGGGAUGCGGACUCAGCUGCUGGGACAGCUGCGCGCCUCGGGAUUCGUGCGGGCCCGAGGUGCGGGGGAUAUCAGGGACCUGAACUCGAACUCUGAGAUUUGGGCGGUGGUGAAGGCGGCACUGUGCGCCGGCUGCUACCCCAACCUGAUCAGGGUGGAUCGCGAGCAGGUCCAGCUGAGGACGCAGCGAGAGAGCCGAGUCCGUCUGCACCCGUCCUCGACGCUGGCCGACGCGCCCAAGUCUGCGCGCACGACGGCGGCGCAGGCGCACCGCUCGGCGAUCGAGUCGCUGCCGGCCGACUGGCUCAUGUUCGAGGAGCUGUCGCGCUCGGGCCGCGUGGCGCACGUGCGCUGCUGCACGCUGGUCAGCCCGAUCACCGUGGCUCUGAUGGCCGGCCCGGCGCGACUGCCCCUGGACGCCGUGUCGGAGGCCGACGCCGUAUUACAGGGUAUGCGCGGCGACAGCUACAUGGAGGCCGACUCAGACUCGGAGGUCGAGGAGCGCUCCGAGGGACAGAAGACCAUGCUCAAACUGGACGAAUGGGUCGGAUUCAGAGUGGACACGGACGCGGCCCACCUGGCGCUCCAGCUGCGACAAAAGUGGCACGCACUCUUCAUUCGGCGCAUGCGCGCGCCGGGCAAAACAUGGUCACAGGUGGAUGACCACGUGAUCCGCACGCUGAUCGCCGUGCUGACCACGGAGGAGCAGGCGCUGGGGCUGCAGCAGCCGCCGGGCAUCGGCCAGCGGCCGCGGCCCGUCAUCAGUGACGUGUUCAGCGGCGGCGGGCCGCGCGAGCCGCCGCCGCCGGCGGCUCAGCAGCAGGGUCCGCCGGGUCCCCAGCAGCAGCAGCAGCAGCAGCAGCCGAGGGUCUCGCCGGACCAGGCAGCGCCCGCACGUGGUCAGCACGGCGCGGCCAACAACGGACGGUACUUUAUCAUCAAGGCGAACAGCACCCGGGCCGUGGACGCCUCGGUCACCAAGUGUGUGUGGGCGUUCACACCCAACACGGAGCGAAAAUUGCUGCACAACUUCAAGGAGGGGCGCACCGUGUACCUCGUGUUCAGCGCCCAGGGCUCGGGCCACUUCCAGGGCUACGCCAAGUUCUUGGGUCAGGCCUCGUCGGAGCGGUGUCCCGACCUGCAGGGACCUAACCUCGGACAGUCGUACAAGAUCGAGUGGGUGAAGCGGGCCAACAUCCCGUUCCAGGCCACCCGUCACCUCAUCAACCCAUACAACGAGCACCGGCGCGUGCAGACGAGCCGGGACGGCCAGGAGGUGCAGCCGCAGGUGGGCUCGGCGCUGUGCCGCCUCUGGGACCGGCCCGAGAAUCGUGCCGGACCGCCCGGCGGCCCCGGCGGGGGCACCCACCUGCCCUACGGCCUGGAGCAGCCCGACGACCCGCCGCCGGGCGUGGGCGCCGGUCUGGGGCCGCAGCCGUUUCACCAGCCGCCGCCGGGGCCGCAGGGGCCGCCGGGCGGCGGCGGCCAGGCGGCCGCGGCACCCGGCCCGCCCCCGCCGCCCCAGGGGUUCGCCGGGCGGCCGAUCCGGGGCAAAACGUACCCGCCGCCGCCGCAGCAGGGCAGGGGCUUCUACAGGGGCCAGGGGUUCCGGCAGUGAGGGGCCGGAUGCAAGGGUGGUGUGUGAGGGGCCGGUACCUACCAGGGGACGGCCUCCAACGCCCGAGAUCCCCGGCCAGUAGGUCAGCUAAUGCUCUGUGGGGCGAUGUGUUUUCACUGGCGGCGACUGCCACUGCCUGUCAAUGUGAACAAAGCUAUUCGACGUAAGAGGCUAUGGCCGACGGACGGAGAUAGGUAUACUGCAGCUGAGCGGCUACUGCCUUUUGCUAUAUGUAGAGAUUGGCCUCCUUGGGUUCGGCUUACCCAUCGCAUUAUCUAAUUGGCUAUAUCAACCGGAGUGUGUUUUAUUGGCCGGCGUUUGUGCCGAUUCGUCUGAAUGUAGUUCAGACGAGUCAGUGUGCCGGCCCGAUAAAGUCGUACGAGUACUUGCCGCGGUCAGCGCGGGGUUCAUCUGUGCUCCCCGGCUGGCCGUGCACCAACUCAGGGUCGGUGAGAUGGGACGGGAAGGAUGUGUGGUUCUCUGCGCUGAUCACAGGCGGGGUGUGUGUCAUCCUGCACCGGCUGAACCGUCAAUCGCUGUCGAUCUCGAGGUUCGGACUAGUGUUGGGCCGGGAGAGGUGCGGCUGUUGUAGGCCGGCUGAGCCAACAGCGGCUGCCGAUCUCGAGGCCUGGACGAACGACGGGCCGGAGAGAUGCGCUCAGUGGUAGGCCGGGUGGUGUGGCGACAAUCAGUGCCCGGCGGGUUCAAAUGUCAGGUCACGGAUGGCUCGGGGCCCCAGCCGGGUCUGUGGCCUGGGGUGCGAUGGAGGAGCUUCUUCGAGGAGCUGCUAUUGCGUUUGUGCCGGUCGGUAUUAGGGCCUGAGGCCCGAAGUAAGAAACAUAAUCAGGCGAUGGAGCCAGGAGCUGGCCUAUUUGAGGGGAAGAUAGUGCUGGUAUGGGUUUGAAAGGCGAUGCAGGGUGUUCGUGUAGAGCGAUUAGUUUGUUUUCUCAUUGCCAUUAAUGCACGUGUGAUUUGUGAAUCUAGUUUGUUGCCCCAGCUUUCUAAUGUGCGUUGUUUCCUAUUGCUCUUUGAGUGGUGAUUUGUACAGAUGGUUUAGUGGACAAAGUGCCGGGGAUCCGUCCCGCUCGUGUGCGGGCCCCGCUUAGUGCUGUGAAGGGGCCGACUCUGCGGUGACUGCCCCUCGGCUGUGGUCCUCCCCGGCUGUUUCCGCGGCGCGGGGCCGGGUGAAGUGGAGCGCGCCGGCUCGGCUCGGUUUAAUUCACCGCGCGGGGUCCGUGUCAGAGCGAGGGACCGUCGGCACACACCCGGCGGAGCUGCUCCUCCCGUUCUGCCGUUCAGAGUUGGAUAGUUGGCAUUGGCUGUUUAAUACACCUGUUGCUGUGUU